AUGUUGGCCUUGACAUCUCCGAUCUCAAGUCUACAUUCUACCUACCCUUCUUCGGGACUCGCCCCUGGUGUUCAGUUUGCUCUUGACUUGACCGACAACAACGCGGGCAUGACUGAGCAGGAGGAUUUUCUGUUUUCGAGACCACCAGACACCGCCAACUUAAUGCCGCUUGCCGAAAGCCCCUCGCCAUUUUCCGUACAAAGCAGAUUUACGCCUUGGUCGUUGUCCACGUACGACCCGUUCGCUGGCGAACCCGGCGGGCGUAUAUCUCCUGAUCGAACGGAGAGACUGCGCCAAAGGCUGCCGCCAGAGAUCCAUGGCGCAACCCGCGCUCCUACGACGACGGCCGUGGGUGAACCAUUCCGCCCACUGUCGUUUGGUUCCCAAUCUUCUGCCCUCAACUCGGACCCGGGCACAUUUCCGCCGCAUAACCUUCCUCCAAGGUCGAAUCCCGACGAUCAAACGAUGGCCCUCCGACGACAGAGCCAGGACAGUUAUGGUCUGCAAACGGGGUCUCCGACCAGUCAAGGCUAUACGGAGUAUGACUUGGAGACGCAGAACCGACGUGGCUCAGAGAUGGGUAGGACUACCCGCUACCAUACUCGUCGCCGACCAUUCAACCAGGAUGAAUUUGACGGUCCAUCUCAACUCCUGCCUUUGCCAUUACCGCAGCAAGAGCAUGCCCGAUCUCAAGCACUUCCUUCUCUCCCGGUCCACCUGGAUAUGAAGGAACAAGACGAAAUCACCCUCCGUGUCAACGAUAUUUUAUCUCGAUGCGCAUUUCACUUCGUGGCGAAAUAUCAAUUCCCCAUCCCGCUCGAGCGAGACAAGCCCCGUGUUCGAACCCCGGCAGAUCGAGAAUGGACAGAAUGGGCUUAUCUGCUGAAAAGGCUUGCCACGAAACGGCGGAUACCAGCCCGUGUACUCUAUGAUAAUCAAAUCAAACAAUUCGUCACCACACUAGAGAAUUCGAUCGCUGUCAGACAGAAUAGCAGAGACCAGCAAACCAGAACGCCCAAGGACGACCGUUACAUGCUGCAACUUGUCAGUGCCGGCACUCAGGUUGCUAAAAUUUUGAUGGACUCAUUGUCCAUGGAACAGCUUGAUGCUCUAUAUAGGCAGACGGAGAGCGUAAUCCUCGAGAGGAGAGCCAGACUCAGGGGACUGGGAUUCCAAUGA